ACCAUCGUCACCCACGAUUCAAAUGAAAAUAUCGUCGUUUUCAACUUCCUAAUCGUAUAUAACAAUGUCUCAACGCGGAGAUAGAGCAGAAAGCGAGAAUGAGGUGCAGAUACUCAAUGGCAGCAAGAACGGUGAUGAUUUCAAGACACCGCAGCAGAUGCGAACUAGAUCAAUAUUGCAGAAAGAUGCACAGCCUUUGACCCCCACACUCCUUGUUCCACCGUCGCCAAGGAUGAAGCAGCUGGGCUACGGAACAGGUGUAAAUGUCUUCCUAAUGGAGCGUUUUUCACCAAUGCGUGGUUGCUACAAGUCACCUUGGGCUGUUAAGAAGAUUAAUAGCAGGCUUCAAGAUCAGUCUAAAGAAUACUGCAAGAGACUGAGCUAUGAGGCUCGCAUACUUAAGUCUCUCAAGCACCCGAACAUCAUUGGCUACCGCACGUACACCACUAGCAAGGAUGGCACCCUGUGUCUAGCCAUGGAGAGUGGGGAGAAGUCCCUUGCAGAUCUCAUAGAAACCCAUCAGGAGAAAGAGCUUGGUCCAUUUUCCCCUCAGAAAAUACUCAAGGUUGCAAAGGAUGUUGCUUCUGCUCUUCAGUAUCUUCACGAAGACAAGCGGAUACUGCAUGGUGACUUAAAAAGUGCUAACAUACUCAUCAUCGGGGACUUUAAGACCGCUAAGCUUUGUGACUUUGGAGUGUCGCUAAAGUUGGAUGAAAAGGGUGUGGCAAUCUGCAAAGAUGACUGUUAUAUAGGGACUGAGUGUUGGUCUGCCCCAGAAGCCAUUGUUGGAGAUACCAUUUCUUACAAGACAGAUAUAUUUGCCUAUGGCCUUAUUCUCUGGGAAAUGAUCUCACUUUCCCCACCCCACGUGGAUAAACUCAGCUCUGAAUCCACUGAUGAAGUUGUUGACGAAGAAACAAGAUUGAUGUUGGAAAUGGAGCGGGAGGAUAGCUUCCAAAAAGCAUUAGGUACCCGGCCUGCCCUUCCUGAUGUCGUCCUUGAAGAUGAAUACCUGCCGGUCCUUGAGAUCUUCUAUGCCUGCACAGACUCUGACCCUGAAAAGAGGCCGUCAGCUGGGCAAAUCCUGCAUGUCAUUGAUUGUCUUGAGGAUUUAGAAAUGAAUGACACAAGCAGUAAGAAAGAUUGUGGUGAAUGAAAGAAGCAACACAAAUGGACAUAUUCUGGAACAAGUGAAGGAAUGAAUGAGGCAUUAUUGUAGUGACUGUGUUUGGUAGUAAGGAUUCUUCUGUAGACUUUUUGAAUGUUUGGUUUUCAUUUUUAUUUAGACACUCAUUUCUGUAAGUUGCUCUUAGUAGUUAAUGAGAAACUCGCAUUAUUCAUUGCAUGUAUUAGUAGUUCAUAUCAGAUAAAAUGUACUCUUUUUCUGUUAUUUUUUCAAAUACAAUAUAAUUUGUUA